AUGGUUUCUACCUCUACAGAUCAACAACCACACAGGAAUCAAGAUCAGUGUAUCCCCAAGAAGUUCCACUUCCUUUCCUAUCAAGAGACACUUGGUAUUGUAUUAGUUUCUCUAGCUCUUUUUUGCUCUCUGCUCACAUGUGUGGUGUUAGCAACCUUCAUUAAGCACCAUGACACACCCAUUGUCAAAGCCAACAACCGAGACCUGACCUAUGUCCUCCUCAUCUCUCUCCUCCUGUGCUUCCUCUGCUCCUUCCUUUUCAUCGGUCAACCUACAAAGGUCACUUGUGUACUCCAACAACCUGCUUUUGGCAUUGCCUUUUCUCUUGCUGUUUCCUGUGUGUUGGCAAAAACCAUUAUGGUGGUUCUGGCCUUCACGGCCACAAAACCAGGGAACAUGACAAGAAAACUCUUGGGGAGACGACUGACAGCUUCUGUUGUCUUGGCCUGUGUGCUCCUCCAAGUCAUCCUCAGUGCUGUCUGGCUGCUGACUGUGCCCCCAUUCCCAAGUCUGGAUUUCUAUUCUCUGGCUGGAGAGAUCAUUAUAGAAUGUAAUCAAGGUUCCAUCACCAUGUUUUACCUUCUCUUGAGCUACAUGGGCUUCCUUGCUCUCACCUGCUUCACAGUAGCUUUCCCAGCAAGGAAACUGCCUGACAGUUUCAACGAAACCAAGUUCAUCACCUUCAGCAUGCUGGUCUUCUGCAGUGUGUGGGUGUCCUUUGUGCCCACCUACCUGAGCACCAAGGGAAAAGACAUGGUGGCUGUGGAGAUCUUCUCCAUCUUGGCCUCUGCUGCUUCUCUGCUGGGUUGCAUCUUCCUCCCCAAAUGUUACAUUAUUCUCCUGAGGCCAGAUCUCAAUUGCAGGGACAAUCUACAAAGAAAAGCAUAA